UUUGGCGUCGUCAAUGAGGUUAGUUUACGGUCGCGAUGAGAUUAUAGAGAGAGAGAGAGAGAGAGAGAGAGAUCCAGAAAACAUGGCGUGGUUAGCCAGAUCCAUUGCGAAUUCUCUGAAGAUCGACGAAGAAGAAGAAGACGAGAAAGAAACGAUUGAAGAUCCCGGUUCCGAUAAGCCGUCUUCACCGUCGGCGUUGAAAUCGCAGUCACCACGAGGCGUGAAGGAAGACAUCUCCGAACUCACAAAGACCUUUAGAAGUCAGCUAUGGGGUGUCGCCUCGUUCCUCGCACCACCGCCUUCUUCCUCCGAUCCGACGGAUGAGGAGACACGGAAGUCGUCGGAUCUCGCGGAGGGGGACGAGGAUCUGAUGGCUGGGAUGAGGAGCGAUUUCGUGGAGAUCGGAGGUAGGUUCAAGACCGGGAUCUCGAAGCUCUCGGGGAACUUGCCUGUAUCGGAGAUUACGAAGAUGGCUUCGAGUUUCUGGCAAGGAGGGGAUUCGGAAGAGCGUGAUGGUGUUGGAGAUGUGAUUGGUGUGACGGAGGAAGUAGUUGGGUUCGCGAGGGAUCUUGCUCUGCAUCCUGAGACGUGGCUUGAUUUCCCCUUCCCUGAAGAGGAUAAUAACUUCGAUGACUUUGAGAUGACUGAUGCUCAGUAUGAGCACGCGCUGGCUGUGGAAAGGGUUGCAACGGGUCUAGCUGUUUUGCGGAUCGAGCUUUGCCCAGCGUACAUGAGCGAGUAUUGCUUCUGGAGGAUUUACUUUGUACUUAUGCAUCCUAAGUUCAGCAAGCAUGAUGCCUUGCUUCUCUCUACUCCUCAGGUGCUUGAAUCAAGAGCAUUGUUAUCUCAUGAGCUGCUGCAUAAGAGAAACAAAGCUGCAGUAGUGCUGCCAGAGACUAGUGGUGAUACAGGAACUGCUAAUGCCAAUGAGGAACCACUUACUGUGUCUUCAUCAGAGCCAGUCAAGACCAUCUCUGUCGAAACAAUACAUUCGAGUGAGACAUCUGAGGUUGAGACGGAAAAGCACCCAAUCGAGAACAAGCCAGUCACUGGAUCUUCACCUAGAGUCGUUCAAGUCGAUGAUGAUGAUGAUGAUGAUGAUGUUGAUGACUGGUUGAAGGAUGAAGAUAAUGCCGGAACUGUUAGCUCCACCGUAGCAACCAAACAUGUUGUGGAUGAGGAUGAAGAUGUAACGUUCAGUGAUCUUGAAGAAGAUGACGACGAUGUGCCAGUGAAUUACAAGAAAUGAUUCUUGAAUCCUCAGCCCUACGAAGUUAAGUUUUAUUUAAACGCUGCCUGUUGAAGAAGAUUGUGCCACGGCCGGGCUCAGGUAAGCCGGAAGAAGAAAAGAAUGAAGGCACUAGUGUUGAUGACAAAACUUUGAUGCAGUAUUGUGUGAUCUGUGACCCUUACUAUCCGUUUAAUUGCAAUUAUGUUUGUGUACGCUCUCUUUCGAGAACCUGCCGGGCUUGUAAAUAAACCAGCACCAUGUCAUGAUAAUUAGUUAUGCAAAAAUAUACGAAAUGUAUGUAAGUGUUACGUAAAUAACGGGAAAGUCUGUAUUUUUAUUAGACAAUAAGGAGUUUUUUAUACAAGGAA